AAUAAUAAACUUCUGUCAAGAUCUAUAGGUUAUGUUAAAAGUUUUAUACGAAAUUCUGGGAAACGAAAUUUUUUGUGAUUGUGUAUGCAGUAUGUGUCAGUGUUAUCUAGUGUCAUAAUAUUAUUUAUUUUUAACUAUUUUAAUUUUCAUUACUAUCAAUAUUAAUAAAAAAUAAAAAAUUCUUCAAUUAAAUUUACAAAGUGCUCCGAAAUGAGAACAAAAAAAAAAAAUUCAAUGCUGAGAUCAUUGACAUUGGACUAAAAAUUAAUGCAGUAAACUAUAUACAUAUUUUUUUUUUGCAUUGCCCAGUUUGCUUAUACACCACUUGACAACUGGACUUAUAAUCAAUGAUAAAAAUGAAAAAAAAAUUGGCAGAUAAUGAAUCAAAACGUUCAUUAAAAUUUAUCUUUCCUCGUCAAUUAUCAAAAAAUGGUAAAUUUCGUUCACAAUUGAGUCCAAAAUAUUUACGAAUAUUACGUGAAACAAUAUCAUUAUCAAAUGAUACAAUUGAUUAUCAUACACCACUAAAAUAUCCAUCAAUAUUUACAUCUAAAAAUGAGGAAAAAAUUAAUCUAUACAGUUGCAAUGAAUGUAUGGAUUCAUUUCAAUUUGAGACAAGUUUGACUGAUCAUAUGACUCGAAGAAGUUGGGUGUUGGGAUAUUAUGACAAUACAUACUCAUCAAAUGACACCAGCCUCAUUAAAUCAUCAUCAUCUGAUGCUAAAAAUACCAAUAGAAAUACAAGAAAAAUAUUAAACAACACUGAAACACUAAAAAAAUGUGUUAAAAUAAAACGAAAGAAAUAUGUUAAAUUAUUUUACAACAAAUGUCAAUUUCUGCUGUAUCUAAAUGAGCAUAACAUAACAACAAUUGACACAAGAUAUUUAAUGUUAAUGCCAUUACCAAAUGAAUUAGAAUCAAUAGAAUAUCAUCAAUUUGAUGAAACAUGUAUUAAAUUAAUGGGACAUUUAUUUGCAAAAGGCAUACAUAUUGUUGAUUGGCUUGAAGCACAAAAUAUACACUCAAAAUGGUGGUGUAACAGCAAGCUAUUCAACAACAAUUCAUGUUCAAUAAAUAACAUAUCAUUCUUUACUGAUAAACCAUUAUUAUCAUUAAUCAAAAAAGUAAAAAAUAACACAACAAAUAAAUUAAUAAUAGUAUGGAACAACUUUAUUAAUUUAUGUCAUGAAAAAAAUUACAACAAAAAUUUUUCAUUUGAUAGUGAUAUUAAAUUUUCAAUAAUAAUAUCAAAAUUAUCACCAAAAUUAAAUAACAAUAACAAUGAUAUUUUAAAAUUAUAUAAUAAUAAUAAUAACAAUAAUAAUAAUGAUAUUAUUUUUGAUAAUAAUAAAAAUAAAAUGAGUCAAGAUUUUAUAAAUUAUUGGAAAUUUAAAAAUGAAAAUGAUUUUAAUAACAAGCCAACAUUGAAUAGAAAUAAAUAUGGUGAAUAUGAAUUACUAUCAGCUAAAAUACAACAAGAUGGAACAGCAUAUUUGUUGAUUAAAAAAAAUUUAAAUAUAAAUAUAAUUGAUUAUGAAAAAAAUGUAUUUAUUAAAAAAUAUAAUAAUGAUUAUUUUCAAGAUAUGAUUGAUAAAUAUAAGCUUAAAUUAUUUAAUAAUUUACAUAAUAGUAAUUAUAAUAAUAUAUUAAAAUUAAUUAUAAAUGAUGUACGUAAUGUGUCAUUAAAUUUUUCAAAAACAAAUUUUAUAAAUGAUGAAAUUGUACUGUCAGUUAAUUUAAAAGCCAUGAAAACAUUUUACAUGUUAUUAAAUGAUAAUUUUAAUAAUAAUAAUACAAGUGAUGUAAAUAAUGACAAUGAUGAUGAUAAUGAUGAUUGGGAAUAUAAUUUAGACACUUGUGAUAAUUGUGAUGUAUGUAAAAAAAUUAAAAAACCAACAAAUUAUAUACCAGGUGUAUCAAAGCCAGCAGUUAAUGAAACAAUAUACUGUCAGUGUUAUAAUUUUAUAUGUCAUUUGUGUAAUUCACAACAAGGUAAUUAUAAUCGUUAUAAUCGCCAUAUGAAACUUCAUCAAAAAGUUAAGCCAUUUGAGUGUCCAGAUUGUUUGAAAAAAUUUCAAUCAACAAGACAACUUGAACAACAUAUUUGGACAAAGUGCUAUCAUAUAUUAACACAAGUAAUAUAUUCAUGUAAAAUUUGUAACAUUGAAGGUUUUCUAACAAUUGAAGAAUUAACUCGUCAUUAUUCACAUGCUCAUAUUAAAACAAUAUAUUAUUGUAAUAGUUGUUUUAAAAUAUUUACAUCAUACAAUGAUUGUUUAAUACACAAACAUGAUUUAUCAAUUAAUUCUGGUGAGACUGAAAAAUUAUUUAUUUGUGAAUUUGGACAGUGUAUUGUUAGACCAGAUAAUUAUCAUCUACAUUUGUUAAAUAAUCAUCGUGAAAUUGGUAUUAUCACUUAUUACACAUGUCCAUUUUGUUAUUUUAUUAUUAGAAAUAAUAAUGAUGAUAAAAGCUUAAUUAAAAAACAUAUAUUUACAAAUCAUUUAAAUCGUUUAUCAGAAAUAAUAACAAAUGGUACAUUAAAAAAUUUGCUAGAUAAUAAAAAUUUAAUAUUUAAUAGAAAAAAAAAUAAUUUUUUAAAUAAAUUAAAUCAAAGAAUUGCAUUUAAUUGUCCAAAUAAUUUUUCAAUUGAUUUUAAUUGUCAUUUAUGUGGUGAUAUGAUUGAUACAAAUUCAUCAACAAUUAAAAAUCAUUUUGGUGAUAAACAUUCUGGUUAUUAUAAAUUAUGUAAUGUACAUUUAUCACUAAUUGAUGAGACAAAAAAAAAUAAUGUAUAUCAUGAUAAUUUUGUUGAUAAAUUAGAUGAUAGCUUAGUAGAUGAUAAAAAAGCUAUUGAAAAAAGAAAAAUUGAUAUUGUUGAUGAUGAUGAAUCAUCAUCAUCAGCAUCAUCAUCUUCAUCAACAAAAAAUUAUUUAAUAAAUAAAAAAAAACGUUUAAAAUAUGAUGAUUAUGAUGAUGAUGGUAAAAAAAUAAUUGAACAAAAAAAUUAUAGCAAUGGUUUAUUUAUUAAUAAAGAAAUAAUAAAUAAUACAAGUGAUAAUUUUAAAUGUAAAAAAUGCAAUUUAAUAUUUAGUAAUAUUGAUUUACUUAAAAAACAUAUUGCAAGUGAUCAUCGUAUUAAAAUAAAUUAUUCAAUAUGUCUUGAAUGCGGUGAAAAUUUUAUUGUUGCACCAAGUUUAAAAAUUCAUUUAAAAGCAUUUCAUGGAAUAUCUGAUCCGAAUGUUUAUUUAGAAAAUAAUAAAAAUUGCAUUCCAAAUUCAAAUUUAAAUGACAUUAAUGGUGAUGAAAAUAAUGGAUAUAAUUGUCAUGUUUGUAUGGCAACAUUUGAAAAUAAUGCAGCUGUUGAAAAACACUUGAGAGUUCAUGGUAUGGCAUUUUUAAAUAGAAAAAAAAUACAAGCUAAAAAAGCUAUGGAUAGUAUUAUUAAAACAACUGAAACACCAUGAUUUUUUAACAGUUGGAAAAUUUUAUAUUUCUAACAUUAUCACAAGGAGUUAACACUUUUGAGGCUAAAGCUGACACCAUCAAUAUUUUCACUCUGUUGCACAUCAUUGAGACUUGAACGACGAUCAUCUUGACUUGUAACAUGAAUUAUUGGUCCAGAUCCAUGAGCACCACC